ACCCACGGUCGGUCUCGCUUCUCUUACCUCCCGUGGGACACAAGGCCGAAAAUUUCGCUAGACUCAUUGAUAUGCGUAACCUAAUGUGACCUUUCGAGGGCCAAUGAAAAUUGACGUUAUCAAAUUAGGCAUACAGUAAUGGCGGCGCCCAUGAGAAUAAUGUCGUGUUGCUGUUUGAAAGUGUUUUGUAAACUAUGGCAGCCUCGGGACACGUAAAAGAAUGCUCUUUUUGCUUAUAUGUUAUAAAGGACAGGGGAUAUAGAGCAUUAAGCUCUAAAACAUCAACUGAACAGUAUAAUUAUGCAUUUACAAGGUUAAAUUUUUUCCCGACCAGCAAUUCAUAUGCGUGUAAUCUAUGCACCAAUAAACUAAAUAGAAUAUCCAAGAUCGAGGAAAAUGUGCGAGCAAAGGUGGAACAGUUGAAAACUGAGAGGGAAAAGUUGUUAGAUGUUCUAAGACAACAUCAACAGACAAGUGGGCAUGUUAAGCCCAGUACACCCAGGGUGAGUGCAGUGAAGAGGUCCCUAGAUAAGACACCAACACCAAAAGGAAAAAGUAAAAAAGCUCUCUUUAAAACACCUGACAAACUACUUCUGCAUCAGAACCCAAAUCAUAGUCUCCAGUCAAAGUUACCAUGCAAGGAGGAUAAAUCAACACAAACACAUGUGUCAGAAAAUUUUGAUGUAAAGAUUGUCACCAAGAUUGCUGGAGCUGAUUUGUGUGUAAAGAAGCUGAAAAAAGAAAUUGACUGUGUAGUUAGCAAAAAAAGUGACCUAUUAAAAUGCAAAAAGAGUGAAAGUAUGAUGAAUCUUGACUGGUCUUUUGUGGAAUCAAAACUCAAGGAAGGGAUUCCUUAUCUGUUUACCAUUAUGAGCAGUUUGAUAGAUGUAAAAAAGAAGCAGAACCUUCCAGUGCUAAUAAUGUCAAUAGGUGUACUUCUUUAUGGCAGAUCAAGAUCAGUAAAUCAGUUACAGUACAUCCUUGGUCUAACACUAGACAAGUGUGGAGUGUCAAAAGAGGGUUUGAAAAUUCUUCAUGAUCUUGGAAUUUCUGUGGCGAGCAGCACUGUCAUCAAAGAAAAGAAACAGCUGAUCAAAGAGCAGGAGAAGAAGGUGUCGGCCACAAUGACAAGGUAUUUACAUUCUUAUUACCCUUCACCUGAAAAUCCAGGACUCUUAGAUGUUAAACAUGGCAUAGAAAUCAUAGGGGACAAUUUAGAUGUCACAAUUACUCCUGCUAAGAUGACAAUGAUGUCUCAGAGAAAGAGCUUGCAUUGGUUUCUGACAAUGGUGAAAGAGAAGAGGAUCAUGUCAGAUGAUAAACACCCUAGAUCAACAGAAGAGAAUGAAGAAAGCAGGGAUAUUUUGAAGUUGCCAACAAGUGCAUGGUUACCAUCUUCAGGUGACCUGCACACAUUGAUUGAAAAUAUGAAAUUUCAUAUUAUUAAAGUCCUUAUUACCUUUGUCGAAUUUCUGAAACCCUUACAAAAGUGUGUGCCAGGUUGCAUAACCCAUGACUUUAUGGACAAAACUCGAAAGAAAUCAGUCAUUCUGAAUUGUGACUUAGUAGAGGCUAGUGAAAAUUCAUCAGAGGGAAUGAUAACAAUUUUGCAAAAUGUGAAUAAACUGGUUUUCCAAGCUGUUGAAAAAGAUCAGAAAAUAACGGACAGGGUUGUUUUUGGUGGAGAUGUUCUCACCAAUGAGCGAGCAUUUACAGCUCAAGAAGCCAUGCAAAAUGCAAAAUCAGACUAUGAUAUGCUUGGGGGGCUUGUUCACAGGCCAGAAGGUUUUCACAGGGAGAUGAACUUCUUAUUGGGAAUAUUUCAACUAUUUUACACUGAGAGCAGUGCAUCAGACCAGGGUUCCCUAUACAAACUGAGGAAUGCUAUCAACCGUCGGUCAGUGACUGGGCCUAAGGAAGUAACAAAUAACUUCAGAUCCCAUCAUCAAUUCAUCCAGGAUGUGACAGAUUCCUACAUUGUGUCAACAUUUUUGGACAUCAUGGACAUGGAGGAAGUUACAUCACAACCCUCACAUGCUCCUGUUUUUUCAUUAAUGAACAAUGACAACAAAAUGGAAUGGAUUACCAAUGUUGCCACAGAUGUUCUUAAUGCACUUGGCCUAAAUUCCUGGAAAAGUUUCUUAGACAUAAGAUCACACUUGGUAGAUCUAAGUACUGAUGAUGUACAGAUAGAUGCCAUGAAACAAGACCUUUCUUUCUCUUGUGCAAUGUGUGGGAAAACAUAUAUUAGGAAGUCUUGGCUAAAGAAACAUCUACUGAAAAAGCACAACUGGAUCUUUCAUGAAAUUACAGAGUUAUCAGAUCCUGAUCAACCACUUACAUCCUUUCUAAGGAUGUCCCUUCUCUACCGUGAUACCUGUGAUGCAUACAAAAUGGGUGACGGGGACCGCAUCAUGCGUAAUGCCAAGUUUGAGUGGUUGUAUGCCUCUGCUUUAAGUCACUCAAAAUAUAAGCUCUGGUUGUGGAGAAUGCUCACAUAUGUUAAUUCUAUUCUUCCACCUGACCAGGCAUUUGAGUAUAUGUGGAAUAUGACUGUAAAUCUGAAGGGCGGCAUUUACAACAAUAUCCCUAAUGACAACUGUGUAGAACUGCAAGUGCGCAACAUCAAGAGAGAACUCAACACACAAGGAGCAAAUAAAUCCUUUCAAUCAGCAAAAACAAUUUGCAUGACUACACAAGUCAUUGACAGCAUUAAAGAUCAGCUUUUGAGGACUACCAAAAUAGUGAAGUCGUCGAGACACAGGCCGGAUGUUGAUAAAACAGUUGAUAUCAUUACUAUGGUUAAAUCUUUGAGAAGCAAAGGACCAGUGUCAGAUCUUUGCUGGGAGAGUUUCUCCAAAUUUAAAGAUCCAAUUCACCAAAUUGACAUUCUUAAAUUACAUGAAUGGAUAAAUGAACAAAAGAACAUUGCUGACUUGUACAUGUAAACUUAUUAGGGCCAAGCAUGAAAUGGGAAUUACAAUGUCCAUCUGUUUAUC